AUGUAUUCCUCCUUGAGGCUCUUGUGCACCAUUCCUCUCCUCUGGAGCGCCACGUUGGGUGCUGAGGCCAGGGCUGCGUCACGGCAGGAGGAGACCCUGGACCAGUGGCUGACGACGCAGAGUAUCGUUUCUCGUCAGGGUAUUCUGGAUAACAUUGGGCCGAACGGGGCUAAAGUCAGCGGUGCUCAUGCUGGUAUCGUCGUUGCAAGUCCUAGCAAAUCCAAUCCGAACUACUUCUUCACGUGGACUCGAGAUGCAGCUUUGGUCUAUAAACAACUCGUCGAUGCGUUCAUUGCCGGAGACCACGAUCUACAGGGGACCAUCCAUGACUACAUAGCGGCUCAAGCACAGCUGCAGACUGUUUCGAAUCCUUCCGGAACUCUAUCAACGGGUGGCCUGGCAGAGCCAAAAUAUCAUGUGGACAAGACUGCGUUCACCGGCAAUUGGGGACGGCCCCAGGCGGACGGCCCUCCACUGAGAGCCACCGCGAUGAUCUCCUAUGCCAAAUGGCUUGUUGACAAUGGCCACACAUCAACAGCAAAGUCGAUCGUUUGGCCAGUCAUACAAAAUGAUCUUUCAUAUACCAGUCAAUUUUGGAACACUACUGGAUUUGAUUUAUGGGAAGAAGUCAGAGGAUCGUCGUUCUUUACCGCGAUCGCGCAAUAUCGCGCCCUCGUGGAGGGUGUUAACCUUGCCCGACGUCUGGGACUAACGUGCCCUAACUGCGAAUCACAAGCCCCCCAGGUACUCUGCUACCUGCAAUCUUUCUGGACCGGGUCUUUUAUCCUAGCAAACUUUGGUGGAGGUAGAUCAGGCCUUGAUGCAAACUCCAUUCUGGGUGUUAUCCACAACUUUGAACCUGAAGCUGGCUGUGAUGACAACACAUUCCAGCCAUGUUCUCCAAGAGCACUUGCAAAUCACAAGCUGGUUACAGAUUCAUUUCGCUCUAUCUACCGGAUCAACUCCGGAAUCCCAGGUAAUAAAGCGGUUGCAGUUGGUCGAUAUUCUGAGGAUGUCUACUAUGGAGGACAGCCUUGGUACCUCACAACAUUUGCUGCCGCUGAACAAUUAUACGAUGCAAUACAUCAAUGGAAACGCCUUAAUGAGAUUAAGAUCACCGACGUCUCCCUGGCCUUUUUCAAGGCCAUUUACCCCGCUGCUGAAGCUAAAACGUACCCAUCAUCCGGUCCAGAUUUCCCCAAGAUUCUUGCCAGUGUCAAAGAGUAUGCCGACGGAUACAUGGGCGUUGCGAAAAAAUAUACGCCUUGCUCAGGCAAACUAGACGAACAGUUUUCCAAGGUUGACGGAAAGCCGCUUUCUGCAACGGACCUUACAUGGUCAUAUGCCGCUCUUCUUACAGCAAAAGAGAGAAGAGAUUCAAUAAUGCCAGGGUCGUGGAAUAAACAGCCUAUACAUGAGCCCGCUAAGACUUGUUCGGCAGCCUCUGCUACAGGCCCCUAUCAAACAGCUACUGUAACAGGCUGGCCUGCAGGCUUAACUCCUACCCCAACUCAGCCCGCACCCUGUACGAUUCCAGCUAGAGUGAGAGUCACCUUCCAGUCAGUUACGGGAACGGAAUGGGGCCAAAAUCUUUUCCUUGUGGGAUCCACCUCUGAGUUAGGCUCAUGGUCCCCUGAAUCUGCCCUCGCGUUAAAGUCAGAUAAAUACACCAGUGCCUGCAAUAUGUGGUACACUGAGAUAGAGCUCCCUGUGGGCGCCAGGUUUGAGUACAAAUAUAUCCGCAAAACCAGUGAUGGAAAAGUAAUAUGGGAGGGCGGUCCAAACCGACACUAUACGAUACAGAAAAAGUGCGGCGUUUCUGAUUUCAUUUUGAAGAGUGCUUGGAGAUGA